UUCGAGGAACUGACGAGCGUUUAAAUUCUCAGAACUACUUUACUUCAACUUCUUUGUUUGACUUCUGCUCGUAGAGGUGUGAUAGGCGCUAGUGGUUUUUUUUUAUUUUAUGAUUGGCUGAAGAAAUUUGAACUAGAUAAUUCUGAGAAAUUUGAGCGAAAAGCGGGAGGUACUUUACUUCGACUUCAUUUUAAUCUGCCGGGUAGUUCAUUCCUCGAUUGUCUCUUGCUGAAGAUUGUCAUAAAUUUUAUUUAAUAUUUUGAAGCUUUUAAAUUUUAUAUUUUUAAAAAUAAUUAUUAACUAGUGUAAUAAAAAUUGACAGCUGAAUAUUUAUUUAUUUUGAAUCGAGUAAAAAAUAUAAAUAAUGGAAAAUUAUUUAAGUGAAGUGAGGAUGACGGAACAGAUCAAUGAUGAGUGUCGUAUAUCUGAGCGUUUAAUUGAUUUAAUGAAUCGUACUCACUAUGAACUGGUUCAAGAAAACGGACAGCGACGUUUGACGGCACCCGAACUCACCAAGGAGUACCGUGACAGGAUCAAAGGAGCUGAAGUUUUUCUGGGACGUCUGCCACGAAACUGCUACGAGGAUGAACUGAUGCCGGUGUUGGAAAAAGCUGGACGUCUGCUGGAGCUGAGACUGAUGCUCGACUUCUCUGGGACAACCCGCGGCUACGCGUUCGCACUCUACGAAGAUGCCAAGACUGCGCGACGUGCUCGCUCUAUGCUUGACGGAUACUCAAUUCGUCCUGGACACAAGAUCGGGGUCGUCAAGUCAAUUGAUAAUUGCCGGCUGUUUUUUGGUGGUGUUCCUAAAGACAAAACAAAGGCUGAGUUUGCUGAAGAGUUGGGUAAAAUUCUUGACGGAAUUUCUGACAUUUAUUUGUACCCGAAUGCUCAGGAUCGAACACAGAACCGCGGAUUUAUUUUUGUUGAGUUCAAAGACCAUCGGUCAGCUGCCAUGGCAAGACGUAAACUCAUACCUGGUAGAGUUAUUUUGUGGGAUCAUGAGGUUGCUGUUGAUUGGGCAGAUCCUGAACCUGGUGAAUCUCUUGAUGAAGAAGUUAUGGAGAAUGUAACUGCUUUGUUUGUAAGAAAUUUACCUCUGGAACUUCCUCAUCAAAAAGUCCGUGAAAUUUUUCAUAAAGUAACUGGUAUUCCUAUUCUUAAAUUAAAAAAAAUAAAUCACUUUGCUUUUGUUCAUUACGAGUCCCGUGAAAUGGCUAAAAAAGUACUCGAGAUUGCAAAUGUUCCUGGUGGAAUUGCUGAGCAACAUAACUGGGAGGUAUGUUGGGCCAAGCCAAUUGGCUCAUCAAAAAUUUUAGAAAGACAGCGCGCGAUUAGAGAAGCAGUAGCUGGAGCAAAUUCAAAUGACAGUCAGCAGUUUCAAAAUAGCAAACAACUUACCGGCACUUACAAUAAACGUCAGACUGCAAAGAAGAACAAACACAGCGAGCCACUGAGUCCUAGUACUAAUUCCCUUUCACCCUCAACUUUAAACUGCUCACCGGAAAUCACGCGUGCUACAAUAGCUCCAAUCAGUCCGCCACGUCCUAUUCCUGCCAAUGAUAAGAAAAUUUUAGAGGACUUUAUUACUCAGAAAUUGGGGGCGCAAUGUCACUUCAUUUGUGUCCCAGUGCUCGUGCCGCCCGGAUUUAUUUGCAAGAUCUUAAUAAUUCGUAACCAACAAAUCAUGUACGAGUUUCAAGGCGGGCUUUAUUCAACACAAGAUCAAGCAAUUAAUGUGACAUCAAGAGUCGUGUACCAUCAACUUGUCAACAAUAUCACUAAGCCUAUCAUGGUUCAACCAACCGUCUUUGCGCACACUAAUGUCAUUCCCAACCGCAUGGAAACCUGUCAUUAAGUAAAAUUUUUAAUUAUUUUUUAUUUAUUAUAUUUUUCACGUUUGUACUCAUUAAUUUAUUUUACUUACUUUUAUAAAAUUUUAAUAUUUUUUUAUACUGUAAAUUUAUAAACUAAAAUCAAUCAUAAGCUAGAAACUUGUGGGCUAUCAGAAUAUUUUUAAAUCAGUGAAUGCUCUAUCCAAAGAAUUUUAGAUUGUAGCUCUAUAUUUUCUAGCAAUUAUUUAUAAGCUAAUUAUCAUUGUUGUAGUACUACCCAUAUUUCUAUAUACAUCUAUAUAUAUGUAGAAAUAUUCAAAAAAAUGAAUCAUUGUUUACUUUAGUAGUUUGAAUAAUCUUAAGUAUUUGUGUUGUGACAAAAGUAAUUUUAGUAAUUUAGCCAAUGAAUUUUUGUUUUGCAUUUAUUAUUAUUAACUGACAUGACAGUUAAUUGAAACGUCAAUAACAAUAUUUUAUAAAUUAUUUUUUUAUUAAUAGAACAUCAUUGUGAUUUAGUUGUUUCAAUGUCAGAAGCGUUAACUUGCAUGAGACCUCGAACGGUCAAAAAAAAAGUAUCAAAAUACAAUAAAUAAAAUGUUAAAAAUAUAUAUUAUUUUGAAUUCGUAGAUGUAUUUAUUAUUAAAACUAUAAUAAUUUUUAUUAUUUAAAUUUAUGAGCUCUGCUGAGUGUAUUUGUAUUUUGGUCAACUGAACAUAUAAUUUACUUGAUAAAAAAAUUAAAAAAAAAAACUGUAAAUCAGCAAUAAAAUGAAUGAAUUAAAAUUUAUAUUUUUUUACAUGAUUAAAUAUUUAAGUAGUGGCAGUAAGAUGUCAAUUUGUUGGAAUACUUUUAUUUGAUAUUCUAAUUUAAACGUAACGCCAGUUACUAUAAAUAUAUAUGUGAUUGUAAGUUAAUCUCUUGGAGAAUUUAAAAGCAACUUGUUGCCAGAGAUCUUUGGCAUCGUCCAUCCAACUCAUGCGCUGGCUCUUACGUUAAUUUACACUGAAUUCUCGUCCGACUAUUUUUGUAAUUUUAAAAAAAUAUUUAACACGAACAAAACAAUCAUCAGCAUAUGACCCUUGAAUUGUUAUAAUUAAAACUUACGAAUACGAAUAAAACAUUUAAUGAAUCAGUCGUGAAAACUAGAACACACUGACCCUGCCAACAUGAAUAUUAAACAUUUAAUUAAAUUUAAGGCCAAUUGUUAAACUGCUUUGCUUUUUUUUUACAUCAUUAAUUAUUGUUGUUGUGUAUACAUCAGUACCACUAGAAUAUAUAAGACUAUAUAUAAUUAUUAAAUAGUUAGUAAUCGUCAAUCUUCAUUUGGAGAUUCCGAGUUCACAAGUUAUCAGUUAAUAACAUUACUUAAUACUUUUAGUUACUUAUAAUCACUCGCGAUUCAAUGAGUCAUUAAUAAUAAAUUAAUUAUCACAUUUGCCCGACAAUAAAAUAUAUUAAUUUCUCUUAUUACGUUUUUUGUGUCGUCAUACUUUUUUUUUUAACUAAAAAUAAACUCGCAGUGAAAAAAAAUUCUUUUCGUUUUAAAAUUUAAAAUUGACAUUUGAUAUAAAAUUUUUCAUACUUAAAAAUAGAUAAAAACAAUUUAUCAAAGGUCAUGGGAAGCAGACCAAAAACAUCCGGAGUUACAAAUUGAAAUGUAAUAAAAAUAAGCUAAAGUAAUAAAUUAUCAUUGGAAGUAAAUAAAAUACAGUAGGAAAGUACUUGAGUUUAAAUUUAAAAUGCGUCAGUAAAAUAAUUUAAAGUUUUUAAAUCACACGCAUAUUUAUCAUACAUGUAUUUUUAAAUUAUACUAUAUAUAUUAAACUGCGUAGAAAAAUAUGUUGAGUAUAAAUAAUUAUAUUUCCUUAUUAUUCAUUAGCUAGUAAUGAUUUUAUCAUUAAUUAGCAGGAAAUAAUAAUAAAAAAAAAUGUCAGUAGAAAAAAUAUGACAAAUACAAGGCAGAUAAAAUAUAAAAAAACGAUACGGUAAUUAAUGCAUCAAUAAAACGAUUGUAAAGAUAGAUUUAAAAAUAAAUAUGAAUCACAAGAUGGAUUGACAAUUAUGGUAUAAAAUUUUAUCGAAGGCCAAGGACGUGCCUUCGAAUCAGUGCAAGUGCACUCAUUUUAAGUCAACGAAUUUAAAUGUUUUUAUUAUUAAUUAUUUAACGACCCCUAGAUUUAUAUCCUCAUAUUUUUUUUAUGAUACUGAAGUUAGCCGACGUCCAAUAAUUGUUGGAUUUUUUUUUAAACAAUAAAUUAUUUUUAAAAAAAUAUUUGAAAAUAUUGCACCCAUAGUUUUUUAAAUUUUCUACAUGUGCAUAUUUUUAUUUUUAUUUUUUUUUUUUAAAUUAAUUCGUUCAAACAGAAAUUCGAAAAUUUUCAACUGUCUGCUAACUUCAGGAUCAUUUUUUUUACUUUUAAUUAACGGCAGUGGUAAUGAGUAAUAACAUUAAAAUCUAAUUACUCAGAGAUCUAUUUAAAUUUACGGACGACGAUUUAAAUGGCAGUGACUCGAAAUAUAUAAUUUUGAAUACUCUUUGAUUUAUUAAAAAAAAUCUUGAGAUGAAAACAACAAUAAAGAACAUUAAGAUUCAUUUGAUAGGCGUAAUUGCAGUCAAUAGUCAAUAGUCCAUGACAAUGGUUGCGUAUAAGUCUAUCAAGGUCCUUUGAAUAUGUUUUAUGAGCGUACUUCCGACAUGUACUUUUAAACAAAACAAUAAUAUAUGCAUAGAAAAUAACGAGUAAGUAAGUAAUAAAAUAAUAUGUCUUGUGUUGAAACUGUUAGAUAACGUACAACAUUUAUUAUUUAUUAUUUUUAACUUUCAUUCCGCUUUUAUGCCAAUUGGCUGCAUUUCAAAAAUUAUCACUAAUAUUAUUUUUUUUUUAUAGGUUUUAAAAAAUGAAAUUUAGUACUCCAGUGGAAUUCGGAAUAAGACUUUUGAAAUUUCAGAAAAGUGUAGAGGAAUCGAGUGGACGUUCUAGAGACAGAAAAAGAAGUGAAAUUAUGACUUUUUCAGGAGAGAGUUUUUUGAAAUUUUAUCGGAAAACGUAAAAUAAAAUCUGACAGUUUUUCAAAGCUUUUGAGAGAUAUUCAGUCAAAGAAAUUUUUUGAUUUUCUUAAAAAUCAUGAAUUUAAAUUUUAUUUUGAGACCUUUUUGGUUUUCCUUAUAUAUUUAUAGACACAAAAAGUAUUUCUUGGUGCAAAAGAUUUUUUCUCAGCCCGGAAAUUUUUAUGAUCCUGAAGUUAGCAGACAAUUAGUAAUUUUCAAAAUUUUUUUCCAACAAAUCAAUUACAAAAAAACAAAAACUAAAAAUAUGCACAUGUAGAAAAUUUAAAAAUCUACAGGUGCAAUUUUUUCAAAUAUUUUUUUUUUGUAAUUUAUUGUUUAAAAAAAAUCCAAAAAUUAUUAGACGUCCG